UCGAUCACUCUCUACAGAAAAACAUAGACGAACGUGUUGUUUUCGACUGCUAAACGUACUUUUGUCCCGCAGUGAAAUCCCCAAAGCACCCCCUCAAAUCUAUCAAAACAACUAGCCAGUUUUAAAAAAAGAGCAAGAAGAAGAGCCAGAGACCCUUUUGGUUUUCUCCUGCAAUGGCUGCCACUGCUUCCAUGGCUGUCUUUUUUGCCAAAACACCCUAUCAGUCUCACUCCCGACCCAAAUCAUUGAAUACCCUUUUCACCCCUUCCUUCAAACUCCCUGUAUCUCUAACCACCCGCCCCAAGACCAACCGCAGGAUCCGAAUCUCGGACGGGUUGAUCGAGCCCGACGGCGGGAAGCUUGUGGAGUUGUUUGUGGAGGAAUCGCGUAGGGACGUGAAGAAGAGAGAGGCAGGUUUGUUGCCUAAGAUUGGGCUUUCGAGUAUUGAUAUUCAAUGGGUUCAUGUUUUGAGUGAAGGCUGGGCCAGUCCGCUCCGUGGAUUCAUGAGAGAGUCCGAGUUCCUCCAAACUCUUCAUUUUAAUUCGCUCCGACUCGAGGACGGGUCGGUCGUGAAUAUGUCCGUGCCUAUCGUGCUCGCCAUCGACGACGCGCAGAAGAGCCGGAUCGGUGAGUCCACCCGUGUCGCUCUCGUUGAUGCUGAAGAGAACACUAUCGCCAUCCUGAACGAUAUCGAGAUAUACAAGCACCCAAAAGAAGAACGGAUCGCGAGAACAUGGGGUACUACUGCCCCUGGUCUCCCUUAUGUUGAUGAAACUAUAACAAAUGCUGGAAACUGGUUGAUUGGUGGGGACUUGGAGGUUAUAGAGCCAGUCAAGUAUCAUGAUGGUCUUGAUCAUUUCCGAUUGUCACCAGCCAAGCUUCGUGAGGAAUUUGCUAGACGCAAUGCUGACGCAGUGUUUGCUUUCCAGCUCAGAAACCCUGUGCACAAUGGUCAUGCCUUGCUGAUGACUGAUACUCGUCGUCGGCUUCUUGAGAUGGGUUAUGAAAACCCAAUCCUCUUGCUUCAUCCACUGGGAGGCUUCACAAAGGCUGAUGAUGUACCUCUGAGUUGGAGAAUGAAACAACAUGAGAAGGUGCUCGAGGAUGGCGUUCUUGAUCCAGAGACAACUGUUGUUUCUAUAUUCCCAUCCCCAAUGCACUACGCUGGCCCAACUGAGGUGCAGUGGCAUGCAAAGGCUCGUAUCAACGCUGGAGCAAACUUUUACAUUGUUGGAAGGGACCCAGCUGGAAUGGGUCAUCCAGUGGAGAAAAGAGAUUUGUACAAUGCUGAUCAUGGGAAGAAGGUACUGAGCAUGGCCCCUGGGUUAGAGAGGCUGAACAUCCUUCCUUUCAAGGUUGCUGCAUAUGAUAAGACUCAAGGUCAAAUGGCAUUUUUCGAUCCAUCAAGGGCUCAAGACUUCCUCUUCAUAUCUGGCACAAAGAUGCGGGCACUUGCAAAGAGCAAAGAGAGCCCACCAGACGGAUUUAUGUGCCCUGGGGGCUGGAAAGUGCUGGUCGAUUACUACGACAGUUUGGCUCCAGCAGCCAAUGGCAAAGUCCCCACAGCCAUUCCUGCCUAGUAAGCUUGUUGUAUCAUAUAUCACCAUCUGAUUGGGAGAAACCUUAAUUAAAAGUCAUUUAUCUCCUGUGACAUGUAAAAUUCUCAGCCAGAUUUUUUAAUAAAAUCAUGUGAGGUGCUGGUUCAGAGACACAGAACUUUCCUCACAUUGUAAUUAGAGUGCCCAUUGCGGCACCUAGGGUGUUGCUGCAGUUGUGCUCUUAGCAGGGCACAUUGUAUCAUAUUGUGAUUGUGCUUCUAUAAAAGACAUAGGCGGUGAGCUUGUGUUAUUUGCGUUGAAUAUGGAUGAAAACAGUCGGUUUUUGA